AUGAGGAAUCAGAAUCGUAGGAGUCCUAGGGGGGAUAAAAUCAGUGAGUUUCCAGACGAGUUGCUGUUGAAGAUACUGUCUUUUCUACCUAGUAAAGAUGUUGUAGCCACGAGUGCCAUUUCAAAACGGUGGAAGUCUCUUUGGAAGGAGGUAAAUACAUUCAGAUAUGAUGCUACUCCUCCAUAUCCUCUCACUUGUCAAAUGUUUGAUCUAUUCAUUAGAAGCAGAUCAAAUGUAGAGAGCUUACAGCUCAAGCUGAACCCAAAUAACUCGACACAGGACAUCAGAGAUUUGGUUAAUGAUGCAGCUUCUCGCUCUUUGAGAGAGCUGAGAAUAGAGAUGGUUUACAAAUCCUUUGAGUUUCCCCAAAACUUGUAUCUUUACCCACAACUUGAAACCCUCAUACUUGAGAAACUUAGUCUUGUGGAUAUUCCACCUAAUGUUUCAUUGAUUGGCCUCAAGAAACUCAACCUUUUAUCGGUUAGAUUCUCAAACGACGAGUCUGUGCAAAGGCUGCUAAGCAUCUGCCCACGUCUUGAAGACUUGGUGGUGAGAAGAAGCACAUAUACCAAUGUGAUGGUAUUUACUAUUGAUGUGCCAACGCUGAAGUGUUUAUCUAUCGAUAAUACGUCUGGGGAAUCUCGGCCUGAAGGUGUUCAUGGGUUUGUGAUUAAUGCACCUUCUUUAAGGUGCUUUAGCAUUAAGGACACCUUCAGCAACUAUGUUCGGUUUGGAGAUAUGCCCGAGCUGGUCAAGGCGAGUGUCAACAUUAUUUGUGACCAACCUAUACCGACCGCGAGAGAGAAGGUGCAAAGUACAUCCUCGAAAAUGUGA